GCGCACAGCCGCGCCCCGCUCUGGAUAAAGGGAGGCAGAACGCGGCGCGCGCUCACCUGUGACAUAGGCGGAGUGGCAGGUACUAAUCAUACCGGAAGCACGUUGAAGUCGGAGCCACCUUUUUCCAUUCUCAGACACUUUUCUGGUGUCCCUCAAGCUUCAUGUCUGCCGGUUGUGUUUCUCAACAGCGAGGCAGCUUCGGAGGAAACAUGCCAGUGCAAAGAAAGCGGAUCCUUAUUCUUGUGGAUGUUCUGUGUGUCUUUGUGGCAUCUUUACCUUCAGCUAUCCUCACCCUGCGGUUUAAGCCUUAUCAGAGAGGAAUCUACUGCAAUGAUGAGAGCAUCAAAUAUCCCUACAGGAGCGACACAGUCUCUUAUGCUACCAUGGCUGCUGUCACCAUCAUCUGCUCAAUAGUCAUUAUUACAGUAGGAGAAGCUUACCUUGUGCACACAAAACGUCUGCACUCCAACUCCACUUUCAACAAUUACCUGUCUGCCCUCUACAAGGUGGUCGGCACCUUUCUGUUCGGGGCAGCUGUCAGCCAGUCGCUCACUGACUUGGCGAAGUUCACCAUCGGUCGUCCACGUCCAAAUUUCUUAUCUGUGUGUGCGCCUGUGCACUGUGAAGGAUACUUGCUGCAGAUCAACUGUACAGGAAACCCACGCAAUGUGACAGAAUCCAGGUUGUCGUUUUACUCUGGCCACUCGUCGUUUGGGAUGUACUGCAUGCUCUUUUUGUCGCUCUACAUCCAGGCUAGAAUGCAGGGGAAGUGGACCAGACUGGUCCGGCCCACCAUCCAGUUCUUUUUGGUGUCGUUUUCUCUUUUUGUGGGAUACACGCGUGUUUCAGACAACAAACACCACUGGAGUGACGUCCUGGUGGGACUGCUGCAGGGAGCUCUCAUCGCAGUGCUCACUGUUCGAUACCUGUCAGACUUCCACAAGCAGCGGACUCCGCCCAGCUCACAACCAGAAACACCAGAAGACGAACACCUAGAGAGUAAACCAAGCCCCAAAGCUUUGGACCCAGAAAACAGAAACCACCACCACAACUGCUCUGGAACCGUAUGAGCCCCUAGAACCAGACCCAUCAGCUCUAACAGCAGCACCGUUACCUAAAGAACUAUCAAAAACAAAAACUAAGAAAAAGUGUUGAAGCGCCAUGAGGAUUUUAUAGUGUUUUUAUGUGUGUGUGAACCAUUUAUAUGUUUUUGGUGAUUUCUUGUUUGGCAAGUGCAAGCUUACAUUUGUGUGAAACUGAAAGUAAUUACAAAACAAAAGAAAAAGUCCUGACAAAUUUAUUAAAGAAUGUUUCAUGUUCUCAUAAAAGUUUGAUGCAGACUAAUGCCACACUGGAGCUGAAAGUAUUUACUUAUCCCUGACACUUUAAUUCUCUCUGCCUAUAUUUUAUAAUCUUAUAAUGGUUUAAACUCACAUUUUGAACACAGAAUAGUGUAAAUUUGAACAUUUUGUAUCUUGUUUGCAACCACGGUUACUAAUUUUGUAGUGGUUUUUAAAAUGAUUCAUCUGUAA